AUGGCGUAUGCCCGCAAGGCACCGAUAACGGACAAGUUCAGUGUGAUCAUCAACUGCUUUGACCGCUUCGACCUGAUGCUCUACUUUGUGCGGCGCUACGCGCGCUUUGAGUUCGUGCACAAGGUGUACAUCGUGUGGGGCAACACGCGCGUGACGCCCUUCCACCCCGCCUACUUCAACGUGUCCAAGCCCGUCGAGAUCCUCUACUCCGGCAUCGACUCGCUCAACGACCGCUUCAAACCCAUCCGCUCCCUGGAGACAGAGGCAGUGCUGAUGUGUGACGACGACAUCGAGGUGCAUCCAGGUGCGCUGCGAGUGGCGUUUGAGCGGUGGCAGGAGGAGAAGUACCGCCUCGUCGGCUUCUUCCCGCGCGCGCACUACCGCGAGGUCAACGGGCCGCGCAGCGGGCAGAUGACGUACGUGCUGACGCCGCGGCAGGAGUACAGCAUCGUGCUCACCAAGAUGUUCCUCAUGCACGGCGACUACCUGCGCGCGUACACCUGCAUCAUGCCGCAGCGCGUGCGCGAGUACGUGGAGCGCAACAAGAACUGCGAAGACAUCACCAUGAACUUGGUGGUGACGCAGCUGUCGGGGCUGCCGCCGCUGCUGAUGGAGGACCCCACGAAGCUCGACUACGGCACGUCGUCCGGGCUGUCGUCCCGCGGGAGCCACGACAACUCCAGGUCGGUGUGCAUGAACGACAUUGCCAUCAUGCUGGGGUACAUGUCACUGCGCAACACAUCCGAGGCCGUCACCUACUUCGAACGAGACAAGAUGGUCAAGGUGGUGAGACGGCGGCGGCUGAGCACGGCGGCGCACAUGGUGUUUGAGCCGGUGUUUGACGCGUUUGAGCACCGCGGCAGCAAGCAGUUCCUCAAGCAGCUCACCUUCCAGCACCCCCUCAUCACCACGGAGAUCGCCCAAGUGCCCACGCACACCGUCAACCGACAUGUCAUGUGCAUCAAGGGGGACAACGACGAGGACAUGGACGACCCGGCGCGCAACCAGUACACGCUGCUCGACUUCGCCUCCGUGCCCCCGGACGCGGGGCACCUCUCAGGCAGCACCUUCAUCGCGCACAGCCAGUGGGGCUUCGAGGGCCGCUUCACACUGCUGCACCUCGCCUCCUCCCUCGCCACGUGGCGCCGCUCCCACGGCUGCUUCGGCCCCGCCCGCCUCAUGCUCUUCCAGGAUGGCAUGCUCCGCACGCAGAUAUCAGCGUGGGCCAGCAACCUGCUCAAGGCAGUGCUGGGGCCGGGAGCAGCGCCGCCGUUCAAGCCACCGGACGGGGUGACGCCGCAGUGUCUGGAGAACGCGGUGGUGCUGCGGCAGCGCGACACCUUCAACGCCGAUGAGUGCAGCAGCGACGCUCAAGAGCUGCGCCGCAUUGUCCGUGCCUUCUGCCACACGCGAGUGCCAGCAGUGGCAGCAGCAGAGGACCCCCCGGCACUGCUGGGCGAGGAGGGCAUGGACGUGCGCAUAGCGUUUGCGGGCGACGCGGACAACUGGGCGCGCAUGCCGUGGUUCAACUUCUCCCUCGCCGCCACCUGGAUCCGCCAGGAGUGCGCCGUCUUCUCGCUCUCCUGCGAGGUGGCCACCGUGCCACGAGGGGAGUUCUGCCGCGUCAAGGUUUUGGGCCUGGGCCGAGCGGACAUCGUGAUUGGUCCGUGGGGUGACCGGGCACUGGACAACAUAAUAUUCCUGCUGCCCGGAACAGCGGUGCUGGAGCUGUACCCAUCGAACGCGCAUGAGGAGGACCGCAAGACCGCCAAGCUCGAGGCCGAGUGCCUUGACCUCGCCUAUGAGCAG